AUUCUUCCAAGAAAACUGGAAAAUAGAAUUCAAAUUCCAAAAAACUGUUGAAAAUUUAAACAGUAAUUAAGGAACAUCCAAUGCACAAAACGAAUCUGUCAGCACCGGCAAAAAAAAUGAAUCACAUGGGGAAAAUGAUGUUUUGUGAUAAAAGUGACAUACAUGUGUUGUGCAAGAAAAAGAAUCAUGAAAUGCAUUGGAAUGUGGAACAAAACAAUAGUCAGUGGAAAAUGGAAAUUUAUAUCAACUUUCAAAAAAAAUUUGCUUUUAAAAAUGCAAAUUGCGUACUUCCGGACAUUGAGCAUUUCUUCCAAGAAGGAGUUCAAAUAGAAAAUUAUGAAGCACUUCAAAUGAUCAAAAGAAUCUUAAAUUAUGUUAAGAGCAAGCUUAAUAAUUUAAAAAUUGAAGAAUGGGGCGAGCAUACAAAGCGCCGGAAUCCAGCACAGCAGAUUGUAUAUCAUCUGAAGAAUUCUAUUAAAGCUGAAUUUGUGACGCAGGCCUUUGCAAAGUUUUUUGAAUGCAUUAGCUCAUAUCCAAUGAUUGACGAGAAUCUGGGCGAUAAGUUCUUCUCCGUUCAUCUCUGUGAAGCUCCUGGAGCAUUUAUCACGUCACUCAAUCAUUACUUAAAGCUGCAUCAUCCUGAAACCAAAUUUGAGUGGAGGGCUACCACUUUAAAUCCUUAUUAUGAAGGAAAUUCUAUAAGCAAUACAAUACUUGAUGAUCGUCUAAUUCUUCAUACUCUCCCGAACUGGUUCUUUGGCGAUACACAUGAUGGAAACAUAAUUGAUGCUGACAAUAUAAGAUCUCUUGUCUCGUACUGUAAAUCAAUUGGAAAUGUCCAGCUAGUCACUUGUGAUGGGUCAAUUGAUUGCCUAGAUAAGCCAGAAAAUCAGGAGGAACAUGUAUCAAAGUUGCAUACUGCAGAGUUCAUAACUAGUCUUGCUCUCUUAGCUGAUAAUGGAACAAUGUUAAUUAAAAUAUUUACAUUUUUUGAACUGUCAACUGUCUCAAUGUUGUAUGUUCUUAAUUGUUGUUUUAAGUCUGUAAACUUGUUCAAACCUGCCACAUCUAAGGAAGGCAAUUCUGAAGUUUAUGUCAUAGCACUUAAUUUUAAAAAGAGUUGUCUGUCAGAUGCUCAUAUAGAUAGAAUGAUUGAUAAUUUUAAGGCUGAUGGAAGAUCAAUGUUACCAUUAAAUCAAAUCCCGCAGGAUUUUCUCACUCAAGUGACUAAUGCUGCUCGAUUUUUCAUGAAUCAACAAGUUUCUGUGAUUGAAAAUAAUAUCAGAACAUUUAAAAAGUACGAUAAACGUGAAUAUGAAAGGAUUAAGGCGAUAAAAUAUCAGAUGGUUGAGGAAUAUAUGACGCUUUAUCGCAUGAAACCAAUUGAGGAGCAUAAGAAGUUACUGCAUGGUGCUCAAUUGAAUACAGAUUUAAAUCUAAACGAGAGAGUUCAUCGUGGAUCACAUUCAGAAAGGAUUUCAUUCCAUUCAUUAGACAAAAGUGAUCAAUUAACAGUUCUUUAUGAUCGCCUUAAAGCUUUCUAUGAUAAUCUACCAAAUCAUGUCCUUUUAUUCAAUAAUAAUCCCAUUUCCUUCAAGUCAGCCGAAGAUCCAAAAAGUUUUAUCAAAAUUAUUCGUGGCAAGGCAAUCGAAAAGGUUGUCAGCAGUAAAUUCAUCAUUGUAUCAAUUUUCAAGUAUUUUAGUGAAUUAAGGUCAUUUUUAGAGGAACUGUCAGUGUAUGAAGGCACCUGUAAAAAUAAUUUCAUCAUUAAUGACAAUCAAAUAACUAUAGAAAUGGAAUAUUUCAAGCAAUCAGUCAAUUAUGAUGUAUAUGAAAAGGAUGUAGCAUUAACAAUUCUUAAACACGUGCUGGAACAUAAAUCUGAGGAACUAAUUGUUGAUGGACUUCCUCUUUUAACUCAAUUCAUUGUCGGUGUCAUUUUAUAUUUAGGAUUAUUCGUGUACGAUAAAGUUCACCUUAAUAGAUCUGCUAAUCAUGUCCGUUUAAUCACGUUGCGUGAGAACGGCAUUGAAAAUUUGAAAUAUGUCCUUGAUGUGAUCAAUAAGAACAAAUCAAAGGGAAUUAUUGGCAUUUGUGAUACAAAAAGUCUGUUCACAUGCAAUAACGAAUUCUACAAGUCCGUCAUUGACUAUAAUAAUCACAAUUGUAUUCGUUUAUGCUCAUUUUAUUUAAAUAAUAUUUCAAAUUAAAAACAUUUUAAUAAAAACUUUCAUCCAAAGCUUCAUCUGUUCUAUUUUCUAUUACUUUUAAUUUAAAAAAUAAGUAACAAAAAAGGUCCAUUAAUCGAGUGCCU